AUGGCUUACACCUUCGAAUACCGCGGCAAACAGUACAACAAGAAACAUAUGGGGCUAUCUGCGACACCGCGUUUACACAUUCUGCAACAAACACUGCUCACAACAAUGGUCAAUAUGUAUGAGCUGCAUUUGACACCUCAGGCAAUCGUGGUGGUGUCAUGCACCAUUCACGUACCUGAAGAGAAGAAUAAGUAUCGUAAUGAAGAGCUGAAGCUUGGCAUGAUUACCCAGUGA